AUGUCAGAGAACCCAGAACCAUCUAAAGGUUCAACUCCUAAUGUUGAAGGAGCAGAAAAAGUGAACAAGCCACCAGUGAAAAAAGGAUGGUCAAAUCCAGCAUUACGAAUGAUGGGAAUUCCAAAAAUAUCGUUACCAUCACGGAAUUGGAUGAUUUUUUGGACUUUGCUUGCGAGUGUUGGUGGAGGUGUAGCAUAUGACAGAUAUCAACAAAAACAAAUAAGAAAGAAAUGGAUGGAGAAAUUUGAACCUUUGGGAGAAGAAGCAUACAGAACCGAUAGAAUCCCAAGAAAACUAUCUGUUUUUAUAGCACCACCACCGAACGAUUAUUUAGAUUCAUCGAUGGUGUAUUUCAGGAAGUAUGUAAAGCCUUUAUUGAAUGCUAGUGCCAUUGAUUUUGAUGUUUUCACGGAGAAUAGACAGGGAGACAUCAGAGCUGCAGUCGCAGAGAGAAUUAGAGAAUUGAGAAUCGAAACGAAUGAAAACGCUAAAAAGGCACAGGAAGAAGCUAAACAAGAGCAAUAUGAUGCGUCGUGGACGAAGUUUUUCAAGAAGGAUGUGCCAAACUUCUUCACCUUGAAAUUUCAAAGUAAUUCCAAAGAGGACGAAGCUCUAGUUAGCAGUAAUGACUUAUACUCACCUAAGGACGUAUUAGGGCUUUACUACUUGAAAGAACCAAUUGAUGCUAAGAGAGACGAUGAAUUGAACCCGAUGGAAGCUGGUGGGGUUAUUUGUAUCGGAAGAGGGGCAUACAAAGAAUAUAUGACCGGGGUCCACGAAGGGUUAUUAGGACCAUUGGAAGCACCAGAAGAGGUUAGGACAAUUACGGAAGUUGAUCCCCAAGUGACUGAAAACGAACCUGAGACCGCGCACAACGAUAAUGAAUCCAAAGCAGUGGUCGAAUUACCAGUGUUACCAACUGACGACUUACCAGCUGACAGUGUAGAUAAACAAGAUGCCGUACCAGAAACCCCAUCAGAGACAGCAGAAAAUACUCCAAAUGCAGAAGAAGGAGACAACGAAAAACCUGUACCCAAACCAUUCAUUACCCCAGACGAAUACCCUAACGCAACGUACGCACCAGAGUUCCAGAACGUAAGCCUCAUCAUGAAUAAGAAGAACGUUCCAGUGAUAUUUGAACAACCCGUUUACGUAUUUCCGUUACCCAUAGUGUCUGGAUUUUUGAACACCCACCGUAAGCUUUAUCGCUUUUUCACGAAAAGAAAUGUCGCCGACGAUUAUGGUUGUAGAACAUCUGUCGUCGUGCAAAACGUGUCGAGACCAUUUGUCUACAAGGACCAAUUUAUGGCGAAAGAAGAGGAAUUGGAAUGGCCUAAAAAGUGGGUGGCUACUGGUAAAGAAAAGAAUUCCGAAUGGGUUCAGGAAUUGGUGACAGACGACCGAGUAACAACCAGAAUGAAGGUGUUUGAUGUCCUGUUGGCCGCAAAAUCGACCGAUAAACCAAUCGAUAAGCCUACUAACGAAUAG